AUGGUUUUUGAAAAUUUAGUCGCUUAUUUACUUGAUAAAUAUUUGAGCGAUUAUAUCGAAAAUUUAGAUACAAAAAAGCUUAAAGUUGAUUUAUGGAGUGGCAAUGUGGUUUUGGAAAAUCUCUAUCUAAAACCAAAUGCAUUAGCUGAUUUAAAUCUUCCUGUUACUAUAUCAUUGGGUUAUCUUGAAAAACUAACGCUUCAAGUUCCAUGGAAAAAUAUAUAUACACAGUCAACAAAAGCAACAAUUGAUGGACUUUUUUUAUUAGUUGUACCAAAAACUGAAGUCGAAUAUGAUGCUAAACGUGAUGAAAAAGAACAACAUGAAGCAAAAAUGAAAGAAGUUUAUCAUAUAGAAGAACUUCGUAAAGAACAAGAAGCUCAAAAAAAUGCCAAAUCAUCUGAUAAAAAUAAUGAUACAUUUGCUGAACGUAUGCAAUUACAAGUUAUACGAAAUUUAGAAUUAUCUAUUCGAAAUAUUCAUGUUGUGUAUGAAGAUAAAUCAACAAAACCUAAUCAUCCAUUUGCUUUUGGAUUUACACUUAAUUAUAUUACAUUACAUACAACAACUCCAGAUUGGAAACCAACUAUACUUAAAGAAGAUACGCCAUUAAUUCAUAAACUUGGUGAUUUAAGUGCUUUAUCAAUUUAUUGGAAUACCGACGCUCAAUCACGAUCUGGAUUAUCAAGAGAUGAAGCUCUUAAAAAUCUAAGACAAAGAAUAGCAGUUAAUAAUCAACAAACACCAACUGAUAUAUCAUAUAUACUUCGACCACUAAAUAUCAAAGCAAGGAUCGUAUUGGCAAUGAAACCACGACAAGAAGAAUUUAAACGACCAAUGUUUGAUAUUAAAGUUGAUUUAGAUGAAUUUAGUUUAAAUAUCAAUCGUGAUCAAUAUUCAGAUUUACUCGAUUUACUUGAAUUUCGAGAUUAUCUUAGUAUUCAAACAAAAUAUAUCAAAUAUCAUAUUAACAUUGGUAUACAAGAAAAACCAAGUACUAAAAGAUGGAAAUUUGCAUACGAAGCAAUUGUUAAUGAAGAAAUUCGACCAAGAUUUGAAUGUUAUAAAUGGGAAAAUAUUAAACUACAUUUAGAUCGUUGUAGAGAAUAUCGUUCACUUCAUUUUCAAGAAUUACUUGGAAAAGCAACCGUUGAACAAAAACAACGAGCACAAGAAUUAGAAAAAAACCUUGAUGUGUUUAAUUUAACGUAUAUUCGUCGCAGUGCUGAAAUUGAAGCAAAGAAAAAGAAAGAUCAAGAACCAAAAACUUGGUGGGGAAGUGUAUCGAAUUGGUGGGGUGGAAAUAAACCGCCAGAUAAUCCAGAACUUGAUUUUGAAAAAGUCAUGUCACCAGAAGAAAAGAAGAAAUUAUAUGAUGCUAUUGGUUACGAAGGAGAAGAUACUUCGACAUCAACUUAUCCAGAAGAAUUUAUCGAUAUUGAUUUAGCUAUUCAACUAAAUUUGCUUGAUGUUAAUGUUUGGUCGAAAAUUAAUGAAAAUGAUGCUCAAUUUCGAGUUAUUGCUCGAGCAGCUAUACCUGAUACUAAUUUAGUAUUUAAACGAAGACCAGCAACAUCAGCUAUUGCGGUCUUUGUUGAUUUGGGUUCAUUUCAAGUUUUUGGUAUAGCUACAGAUUUAAAACAAUCUGAUUUUUCCAAUGAUAAUCGUCCUGUACUUGCUCAACCUGUUUCUCGAUCAUUAUCAACAUCUAAUCAACAAAAAUUAUUACAAGUGGAAUUCGAAACAAAUCCAUUAGAUAAAUCAUCUGAUUAUCGUGUUAAAGUUGUUUCACAAUCCCUUGAAAUUAAAUACAAUGCACAAACAAUUAAUAAAUUAGCUGAAUGUUUUGAACAAGAUACUCAACGUAAUCUUCAAGGUGUUAAACAAGCUGCUUAUUCAACAUACACAGAUGUUAAACAUCGUUCUUAUAUAUUAAUGAAACAUAAUGUUGAAAAAAUCAAAGUUUUAGAUAUUGAUAUUGAUCUUCAAUCAUCGUAUUUUCUUUUACCAGAAAAUGGAGUUUAUCGAGAUGGUGCUGCUGCGAUUUGUAUGGAUUUCGGUCAUUUAACAUUAAAACGUAGUACAAAACCAAGUCAGAAUGGAGAACAAGCCACUUCACUUAAAGAAGCAAAAGAUAUUGAAGAAGCUCGCGAAAGAUCUUAUACUCAAUUUAAAUUAAAACUUGAAAAUAUUCAAUUAAUUUAUGCUAAUCAAAAUGAAAGUUGGGAAAAAGCUCGUCAAGAAAAAAAUACAAAUAUACAUUUAAUUAAACCCAUGGAACUUGAUUUAGAUGUUGGUAAAUGUAUUUAUAGUGAUGAUGCUGUUUUACCAGCUUGGAAAGUUGCUGGAAAACUUCCUAGUGUAGAUUUACGUUUAUCCGAUAAACGUUUAUUUCAAAUAAUGACUCAUAUGCAAUCAAUUCCAUUUCCUGAAUCAAAACAUCCAGUCAUUGUUGCACAAUCGAUUGAACCAGAACCGACACUGGUACCAUCGUCUUUGAGUAAUCCUGAACAAACAUUACAAACAAUUGAAGGAAUGACACCAGUGCUAAAAACUAAAGAAAAAGCUGAAGCAGAAGAAAAUAAAGAUAACCAAAUACAAGGUAUAGAUACAAAUGAGAAAAAAAAAGAGUUUGAAGGUCAAUUAACACAAUUAGAAGCAAUAUUUACACUUGAUAAAAUUGCUGUACAUAUUGAUGAAAGCAUGAAGGAAAAUAAUGAAGAAGCACCAUUUCUUCGUUUAACACUUGAAUCAAUUGUUGCUCAAACAAAAAUAAAAACAUUUGAUAUGGAAUUUGAUGCAUCAUUAGCUAAUUUAAUUGUCUAUCAUGAACAAUUUAUUGGUAAAGAUAAUCAACAAUUACGUUUAUUAUCAGCUCAAUUAGAACAAAACCCUAACAAUGAUGAAAAUCAAAAAUUAGUUAGUGUCAAUUUUCUUCAUACAUCACCAGAAAAUCCAUUAUUUUUAACGUCAGAUUACAAUGGAAUUGAAAAUAGAGCUCAUGUUCAUUUUAGUAAACUUGUUGUUACAUUACAAUUAGAAGCACUUUUAUCAAUAUUAAGAUUUCAAGAUUCAUUAAUGAAACAAUUACCACAAGAUACACCAGAAAAUCAAGAGAAAAAGAAACAAGAGGAAGAAAUGAAAAAACAACAAGAACAAAAAAAUACUGAAGAUAAUAAAAAUAUUGAUAAAACAACUGGAAAAGUUGACAUUGAAGAAGCACGUGAAAGAUCUUAUACUCAAUUUAAAUUAAAACUUGAAGAUAUUCAAUUAAUUUAUGCAAACCAAAAUGAAAGUUGGGAAAAAGCUCGUCAAGAAAAAAAUACAAAUAUACAUUUAAUUAAACUAAUGGAACUUGAUUUAGAUGUUGGUAAAUGUAUUUAUAUUGAUGAUGCUGUUUUACCUGCUUGGAAAGUUGCUGGAAAUCUUCCUAACAUAGAUUUACGUUUAUCCGAUAAACGUUUAUUUCAAAUAAUGAAUCAUAUGCAAUCAAUUCCAUUUCCGAAAUCGAAACAUCCAGUCGUUGCUGCACAAUCAAUUGAACCAGAGCCGAUACUUAUACCAUCAUCAUUGAGUAAUCCUGAACAAACAUUAGAAGUAGUCGAAGGAAUGACACCAAUUAGAAAAACUAAAGAAAAAGUCGAAGCAGAAGAAAAUAAAGAUAAACAAAUACAAAAUACUGAUAAAAUUGAGAAAAAAAAUGAAUUUGAAGGUCAAUUAACACAAUUAGAAGCAAAAUUUACACUUGAUAAAAUUAAUGUACAUAUUGAUGAAAGUAUGAAUGAAAAUAAUAAAGAUGCACCAUUUCUUCGUAUAACACUUGAAUCCAUUGUUGCUCAAACAAAAAUAAAAACAUUCGAUAUGGAAUUUGAUGCAUCAUUAGCUAAUUUAAUUCUCUAUCAUGAACAAUUUAUUGGUAAAGAUAAUCAACAAUUACGUUUAUUAUCAGCUCAAUUAGAACAAGACACUUCUAAUAAUCAAAAUAAAAAAUUAGUUUGUGUCAAUUUUCUUCAUACAUCACCAGAAAAUCCAUUAUUUUUAACAUCAAAUUAUGAUGGAAUUGAAAAUAGAGCUCAUGUUCAUUUUAGUAAACUUGUUGUGACAUUACAAUUAGAAGUACUUUUAUCAAUAUUAAGAUUUCAAGACACAUUAAUGAAACAAUUACCACAAGAUACACCAGAAAACCAAGCAAAAAAGAAACAAGAAGAAGAAAUGAAAAAACAACAAGAACAAAAAAAUGCUGAAGAUAAUAAAAAUAUUGAUAAAACUGGAAAAGCUGUACAGAAAAAAGGUAAGCAAUCUACAGCAUCGUGA